UUGGAUGAUUCCAUCUCAGUACCUUUUCUAAAAAACAACUAUAUUUUUGAUAUUAUUGGUGCUAAUUACAGAAGUUGGCCUCCGUAUUGUGCUCGCCAUUACGCCGUGACUCCUCUUGGGACAAGAUCAGGACUAAUUCAAUGGGUUGGUGGUGCAACACCAAUGUUCCACAUUUAUAGAAAGUGGCAGCUGAGACAGGCCCAAAUUAAACAUUCUAUGGAGCGAAAGAAUGGUGUCCCGGCCACGACAGCGGCGCUUGACAUUGAUCGACCAACAGAUUUGUUCCAGAAGAAGAUGCGUGGAGUUUUUGCGGAUAAUAAUGUGGAAGCAGCAGUAAUUGCGGACCGCUCCAAGUGGCCACAUAAUCUACUGAGAGAAGUUUUCAAUACGCUUGUGAAAGAGACACCCAAGGAUCUCAUCAGUCGGUAG